ACAGAUAUAAUUCUAAAAGUGUACAACUUUCUAGAUUGAUUUUCAGUUGGAACUAAUUGCUUUGAAAAUUUACAAUGUACAAGUAAAUAAAGAAAAAAACAAAAAAAAGAAUUCAUCCAAUUUAUCUAAAGGAUAAUUUGCAGUUAAAACUAAUUACCCCUUAAAUUUGAAACUAAAAAAAUCAAAGAAAAAAAAAUUCAGAGAAUGAAAGUUGCAAGUAUGAGGAGGAGCUUUUCUGGGUUGGUUAUGUCUGGUCUUCAUGUCCAUGUCAUCAACCAUACAAUACAAUAAAUUCCAAUUUCUCAUCCAAGUAACCAAGUUUAGCAAAAACAUUUACAAUCACGUAAAGCUCCCGGUUCUCUCAACAUUAAUAUUCCAUUUACUGCUUUUGGUUUCCUGAAGAACUCCGGCCGGCAACCACCUAACUCAGCCGGUGACGGUGAGUGUGUGAGGAUGGAGAAUUCAGGAAUAACCCUGGUUGCCAUUGAUAAAGACAAGAACAGCCAACAUGCUGUGAAAUGGGCAGUGGAUAAUCUUAUGUACAACAAGAGAAACUCUGAUUGCAUCCUCAUUCAUGUCCAGGAUAUUGAUACAGUCCCUAAAGAAGGUCGUCCACCAACUGAAGCUGAGUUGAAACUCUUCUUCCUACCUUACAGAGGAUAUUGUGCCAGAAAAGGGGUCAAUGCAAAGGAAGUGGUCCUCCAUGACAUUGAUGUUCCAAGUGCACUUGUUGAUUAUGUUUUUAACAACCCCUUGAUCACCAAUAUUGUAGUUGGUGCUUCCAACCGCAGUUCUCUUAUGAGAAAGUUCAGAGAAUCAGAUGUGCCAACGAGCAUGCUAAAAUCGGCACCAGAAUCAUGUAAUGUGUAUGUUAUAUCAAAAGGAAAAGUUCAAACUUCACGAUCAGUACACCGACUUCAAUCGAUUAGAAGUGGUGCAUCUACUUCUCAUAGGCAACGUUCUCAAAAUUCACAGCUUCCCCAGAGUCCUACUACUGAUGUCACAGAUUAUUCUACCACCAGCAGAGCAUCUAGUAAUGGAAGUAACAACAGUAGGGGUUCUUCAGAUGGAAUGUGUUUGGAUAGAAAUGGUUCCAUAACAAAUUCACCAAGACUAUCAAUCAACAGUUCAUCAUCAGGAGGUUCAUCCAUUGGAAACACCUCACCAAAAGCCGGUGCCAUCUCCCAAACAAUUGACCCUGAAAAUUUAGAUUUGUCUCCAAAGAGUUCCUCCCCAAGGUCUCCAGUAAAUGCCUUGGAGGCCGAGAUGAGGAGGUUAAAACUCGAAUUGAAACACACCAUGGAGAUGUAUAACUCAGCUUGCAAAGAAGCUCUAGCAGCUAAACGGAGAGCAGAGGAGUAUCAGCAAUUGAAGUCGGAAGAAGAACGAAAGUUAGAGGAAGCCAGGCUUGCAGAAGAGGCUGCAAUGGCUUCAAUAGAAGAGGAGAAGCAGAAAACCAAAGCUGCAAUGGAAGCAGCACAGAUGGCACAACGACUAGCAGAUAUAGAGUCCAAGAAGAGAAAAAUAGCCGAAAUCAAAGCCAAGCAGGAGGAAGAAGAUAAGAAUAGAGCAAUGAAUUCUAAAAUACAGAAUAGUUCCAUGUACAGGAGAUACAACAUACAAGAGAUUGAAGUUGCUACUGAUUACUUUAAAGAGACAAAUAAAAUUGGUGAAGGCGGAUAUGGCCCUGUUUUUAGGGGCUUGCUUGAUCACACCCCUGUUGCUAUCAAGGUCUUGAGGCCAGACAUAUCACAGGGCCUCAAACAAUUUCAACAAGAGGUUGAGAUUCUUAGUUGCAUAAGGCAUCCCCACAUGGUUAUCUUAGUUGGUGCCUGCCCAGAAUAUGGAUGCCUUGUGUAUGAGUACAUGGAUAAUGGCAGCUUAGAAGACAGGCUCUUCCGAAAGGAUGAAAGUCCUCCAAUACCAUUGAGAACCCGUUUCAAAAUAGCUUCUGAAAUAGCCACUGCCCUUCUUUUCCUUCACCAGAGAAGACCAGAGCCCCUAGUUCAUCGUGAUCUCAAGCCGGCGAACAUUCUCUUGGACCAACAUUAUGUGAGCAAGAUCAGUGAUGUUGGACUAGCCCGGCUUGUUCCACCAUCUGUAGCUGAUAAUGUCACUCAAUAUAGACUAACAGCGGCUGCUGGUACAUUCUGUUACAUUGAUCCAGAGUAUCAACAAACAGGAAUGCUUGGUGUGAAAUCGGAUAUAUAUUCAUUGGGAGUGAUACUGUUACAGAUCAUUACAGCAAAGCCUCCAAUGGGUCUGUCCCACCGUGUUGGUGAGGCCAUUGAAAAAGGUAAAUUCUCAGAGAUGCUUGAUCCAGCACUGGAGGAUUGGCCUAUUGAAGAUGCUUUAGCAUUGGCUAAAUUGGGUUUAAAGUGUUGUGAGCUGAGGAAGAAGGAUAGACCAGACCUAAGUACGGUCAUCUUGCCAGAGCUAAACCGGUUAAGAGACCUUGGGAUGCAGAGUGAGGCCAGUUCAAGUGACAAUAACAAAGUUAUUCCCCGACACCAUCGUUAUGGUUCAGAUCCAGGGGAAGGAAAUGACAAAGAAUGCUAAUGUGGAAAAUGGAAAAUAUUCAACGUAGAUAAUCGUAAGAAGGAGGUGGCGGCGCUUAAACUCUAUGAUUGGACUAUGGAAUAUUGCGGAUCAUUCCCAGCAGAAGGCAAGUCUCUUGCCACCUAAACCAAAAGAAGAUAGGAAAUCAAACAAGGAGCAUACAGAAGGGUGUUGGUCGUUUAUAAGAUGUUCUCCUCCAAAAGGACCAAAACCAAGAACUCCUUUAAAGAGAUACAUGUCUUUUUCAUGAAGAAAUUGGAACUUGUUGCAGUACAUAUUGUCCUUGUGAACUUCAUGAAAGAUAUUCUAUGUAUAGUGUUGUUCUGUAAUUUUAAUGAGUUUUAUAUAAUCAAUGAUUCUUCUAUUUUUGUAAAAACCUACUUUCUUAUUA